GCUUGACAGCGUACUGGGCAGUUUUGCGACCUAUGCGCGUCUGAAGGGUCGCUACGAUGAUGACUGGAUAGACCGACUGAACCAUCUGUACACCACCAUCAUCCUCAUCAUCUUUACCAUCGUCGUGAGCACCAAGCAGUACGUGGGUGAGCCGAUACACUGCUGGUGCCCCGCCCAGUUCGAAGAAAGUCACGUAGAGUACACGAACAACGUGUGUUGGGUCAGCAAUACUUUCUGGGUCCACUUCAAAAACCAACCACCCCGAGACUGGAACCUCCCCUACGACUCAGAGAUACAGUACUACCAAUGGGUUCCCAUGAUCCUCCUAUUUCAGGCGUUGCUUUUCAAGGUGCCAUGCAUACUGUGGCGUAUACUCACGGCCUCUGCGGGGGUGAACCUGGACAAGAUCGUCACCCUGGCAGCCGAGACGGCCUACGUGGCUCCCGACGACAGGGACCGGACCAUCAAACAUAUUGUCCGGUACAUGGACAGGUGGAUCGAGAAUGCUCGGGAGUACAGGUCGGGCUGCUUCAUCCGCCUCCGCCAGCAGAUCUCCAAAUACUGCUGCAUUGUGUGGGGCAAACGCUACGGCAACUAUCUAGUCACGUUAUACAUGUUCAUCAAGCUGCUCUACCUGACCAAUGCCAUAGGCCAGCUCUUCAUCCUCAACGAGUUUCUCGGCACGAACUUUAACGUCUACGGCUUUGAGGUAAUGGACCACUUAGCGCGGGGCGAGAGCUGGUCCGAGUCUCCACGAUUCCCCCGCAUCACGCACUGUUUCUUCAAGAUCCGGCAGAUGUCCAACGUCCAUGACUACACAGUGCAGUGCGUGUUGCCCAUCAAUCUUUUCAACGAAAAGAUCUUCAUCUUCAUCUGGUUCUGGCUCGUGUUCGUGGCUACCCUCAGCACGUUCAACUUCCUUAUUUGGGUCUACACCAUGAUCUUUAGGCAGCAUAGGCUCCGCUACCUCAAGAAGUUCCUGCGCAUCAACGACUGCUACAAAUCCGAACUGGAUAAAAAGAUGGCGGUGAAGUUUUGCGAGCAGUACUUGCGCCAAGACGGUAUCUUCGUCUUGCGACUCGUUGGUAAAAACGCGAAUGACGUUCUGGUGUCGGAGCUGAUUCUUCAACUGUGGAACCACUAUAGAAACAAACCUUUGUUCCGACACGCCAACCAGAUAAGUGACGACAACAGUAAUGUCUGA